AUGUUGGCUUCCUUCGGACGCUAUCCGACCAACCGGCCCCCUGGUCUCCGGGUCUGCGACCAAGGCUCUUUCUCCCUGACGGGCUUGAUGGAGACUUGGGGUCAUCGCGAAGGCGUUUCACGUCAAGAAAUUCUGCAUGCAGUGAGGGUCCACAUGUUCCAUGAGGACCAAGUGCAGCUGCGAUUCCAGAUCGAGCAGGAGCGCGAAGAUACCGUCAUCCGCGUCAUGCCGAAGAGGGGCCAGCACUUUGACCGUGGCAGGGCAGGGAGAUCGGAAAGGUCUCAUCAGGGCUCGAGAUGGCGAAACUUGUCCUCGGAUGCCCCGCGGUCUCGGGCAAGGCCUGGGCCAGAAGUUGAUGACGGGGUGCCAAGCCGCGGUGCACGUGGUGGCAGUGCUCCUAGCAGCUCCACCGAAGCCUUUCAUCCAGUGCGCCCGAUCCCCAAGAAGGCGCCUUUGCCUCCGCCUCCGUCGCAUCCAUCCUUCCAAGAGAGGACCGAGAGGAAGGCACCGAAGCCGGUGGCACCUACACCGGUGAAGGCCGAGCCGGCGCCGGACUAUGGAGAUGAGCCGGAGUCAGCACCGGAGCCACCAUCGCCACCACCUGGAGAGCAUUGGGAAGAGUAUGAAGAUGGAGGACAUCCUUGGUUCUUCUACUCCGGUCCCAAAGGGCAGUGGUGUUGCCAAGGGCCGGGCAAGGAGGUGUUGCCAUAUGAGACUGCCGCGGGGAUUCGAAGCCUUCGUCGGCACUGGCAGCACCUGCGAGCCGAGAGCGAAGGUAAUGUGCUGCCAUACGUCCAGAUCAAGGACUACCAGGACUCGGAAUACUAUGGACCCGUGUCCAUCGGAACGCCUGGGCAGCAGUUCACGGUGAUUUACGACACUGGCUCCUCAAACCUCUGGGUGCCGAGUGCGAAGUGCAUCUCAAAAUCCUGCAGCACGCACAACCGUUAUGAUGCCAGCAAGUCCAGCACAUACCAGCCGGACGGGCGCAAGUUGAUCUUGCCUUAUGGGUCGGGAGUGUGCGCCGGGACCUUGAUCGCGGACAACGUGAAUGUGGGCGGCAUUGAUUUGAGCAAUGCCACCGUGGGUUCAAUCGUACUGGAGCCGGGGCAGAUCUGGGUGGAGAGCCCCUUCGAUGGAAUCCUUGGCCUUGCCUAUCCGCAGAUUGCCAUGCCAGCAGAUCCGAACAAUCCAGUGCUCCCGCCCUUCGACGUGAUGAUGAAGAACAAGCUGGUCAAGCAGGGGAUGUUCUCCUUCUUCCUGUCCACCUGCAGGCCCCCGAGCGGCCACGGCGGAUCCGAGAGCUGUGACGGCUCCAAGCUGACUUUGGGUGGCUACGACAAGUCGCUCUUCAGUGGGGAGAUCACGUGGGUGCCAAACACUUUCUACCAGAAGAUGUUGGGCUACUGGCUCGUGAAGGCAGACAACUUCGCAGUGAAGGGAGAAUCUCUUGCCUGCAGUACUCCCAUCAUCGGCUGCCCAAUGGUCGUUGACACCGGCACCUCGGUGAUUGCAGUGCCUCCGCUGCAGUUCGUGAAGAUCAACCAGACGAUCGGCCACCUUGCAAGCGACUGCUCCAACGUGAAGUCCCUCCCCACGCUGACCUUCACCCUGGCGGGCAAGGACUUCAGCCUGGAGCCGGACUUCUACGUGCUGCGGGGUGCGGAUGACAACGGUGCGGACGAGUGCGAGCUUGGCAUUCAAGGCGUCUCUGCCGGUGUCCCUGGCCUGUGGAUUUUGGGUGACCCCUUCCUCCGCAAGUACUACAGCAUCUUCGACCGCGAUGCGAGCAGGGUCGGCUUUGCCACUGCAAAGCAUGAAGAGCUGCAGGGUGUGAGCAAGGCCUCGCUGGCGAUGGAGGAGGAGGACUGCAACUGCUGGGUGUGCAAUCGCUGGCGCGAGACAAGGCUCAGCUACGUGCCGGGCAUUUCUGGCCCUGACGUUUCAGAUGUUUGGGUGUUUACCUCGAUCGACGGCUUCACCACGCCGCUCAAGCUUCAACGCAUUGGCGAGGAAUUCGUGACCUACGUCAUGGCUGCUCCGGGGCCCCUGCGCUGCGUCUUCCAAGCCGGGACAUCCCUUCUGUGCUCCCGAACUGCGCCAGAGGUGGAGCUUCGGGAGAUGGUUGCUGCCAUGAAGGGCGGACUGGGCGUCUACUCCUCCACCAGUAUUUCGCCUGUGCUGGGCAAGGAUGGUCCGGCGCUUCGUCUCCGGCGCGCGCGUCUGCCGGUUGAGGAAGACGACGAAACGGCUUCGCCUGCUGCCGAUUCCGCUCCUCUCGAUGUGGAUGUAGACACCUUCAGCACGAUCAUGGUGGUGGCGCGACCCGCAGACGAGCCAGUGUGCACGGCCUACAUUCCGCGGCUGCCUGGCGAGCUGACGUCCAGCACCGGCCCACGCCAGGCAUGGAACAUCGAGAGUUCACUCUUCGCCCCUCACUUCGAGCCCCUGACCUCCAAGCAGUUCUGCGAAAGGUGUCUGGAUGCCGACUGGCACUUGUCGAAAAUCUGGCGCCUCGUGCCGGAUGAGGUGGAGCGAGCGGGUAUUCGAGAUCUUCUACGGAGCAAGUACGCCGAGAUGAAGGUGCUCUACAGCUCCUUGUGCUCGGUGGACUGGAGUGUGCUUCAUGGCAAGGACCCGAGGCGACUUGCCUUCGGGAUCGGCCCCUUCGAGUUCACGCACAUGCUCGUGCAGCACAACUUGAUUGGGCAGGACCUCUCCCUAAAGGAGGCAGAUGCGCUGUUCAUCACCUCGGCCUUGCCUCCCAAGGAUACGAAAAAAAUGCUCGAGGAGUUCUGCACGGAGGGCCGAAUCGUCCAAAGACAUGGCUUUUUCGAGCUCCUGGUCAGAUUGGCCAUCUGCUUCGCUCGCGGGAACGAGUCUCGGGGCACAUCGAAGGGACAGACUGACCAAGUUCGCCGAGCUCUCUACUACCUCAUGACGAAGCAUCUCCUGUAUCCCUACGCUCCUAUGAAGAACAACUUCCGGUGCCUGCAGUGGAGGGAAACUGUUCUUCACUCCGAGCAGGUGGAGGGAGUUUACCGCAAGCACAUGAAGGCGGUCAUCGAUCCGCUGUUCUCGGCCUUCGCUUCGAAGAAACGCCUCAGCACGGAGGACUGGUUUCGCAUGCUCGACUGCAUGGAGGUGAUGCCUUGCACACCAUCAGCUGAGAAUGCCCAGAUGAAUGCCUGGGACAGGGCAUGGGCAUGGCAAAGCGCUUCCAUCACGCAGAUGGACGAACUCACGAGCACCCGCUCCUUGGAGAUGAGCUUCGUGGAGUUCCUGGAGGCACUGGCUCGUGUGGUGGGACUUCUCAGAUCUCGACAGAGAGUGGUGGAGGGCCAAAGCCAAGAUGAGAAUGAGGAGCCCUGGGACUAUGGCCUGGGGGUGGCCUCGCCUCCCAGCAUCUUCUGCCUGGACCAGGGCAUCAUGGAUCCUCACACUUUCGCAGCGCACCUCGAGACCUUCCUCUGCGGGCCCAAAGUGAAGCAGGUUACAUCCCCUGCCAGUGCAGAGCACAGCUCCGCAGCCAUGGGUCAGGCAGGCCAGCAGCGAACUAGGCAGAAGAAGUACAGCAACAAGAAGGUGGGCCCCAAGGGCGUGAAGAAGACUGUGGAAAAGAAGACUCCCAAGCUGAAGAAGAACAUCGCCCCGGGAUCCGUGCUGAUCCUGCUUGCGAGCAAGUUCAGAGGCCGACGGGUUGUCUUCCUGAAGCAGCUGGAGAGUGGCCUCCUCCUCGUCACUGGCCCUUACGCCAUCAACGGCGUUCCGCUGAAGCGCGUGAACCAGCGGUACUGCAUCGGCACAUCCACCAAGGUCGACCUCAAGGGCGCAGACUUCGCGUCCGUCACCGAUGCUUACUUUGCCAGCGACAAGGCCAAGAAGAAGUCGGGCGCACACUCUCAGGAGUCCUUCUUUGCGGCUGAGGCCCCGAAGAAGGUGACCCCUCAGGAGAAGAAGGACGGUCAGAAGAAGAUGGAUGCCCCCAUCGUGGGUGCUCUGAGCGCUGACCACAAGGCGUACCUGAAGGCCCGCUUCUCCCUGACCUCCAAGAUGUACCCCCACGAGCUGAAGUUCUGA